ACUGGAUUCCCGGCGGAACCGGCUACAUCCGAGUCAGCCCCCGAGUGUGGCGGCCAGCGCUUUCUCGCCCCAGCCCGCCAAGGGUGGGGUUUGGCCCGCGAGGGGCGCUGGAAGUGGCCAGGCCAGAGGAAUUCCUUCCAUUUCCCCGCUGGCUUCCAGGAGUUAGGGAGCUCGGCUGCCAGGACGCCGAGCCGGGAGGGACCAGAGUUGCCCGGUGCAACCCCUUCGUGGGACUGAGCUGAGAAGCCGAGCCUGGAGAGGGUCAGGAGCGGGCCUGGGAUUAGAAGUGGAGUCAGGAGCGGGCCUGGGAUUAGAAGUGCUGCAGAGGUGGCAUCUCCAGUGGUUUCCAGUGGAGUAAUAAUUUGGGUUGGGGGCUAGUAUUAGGGGUGUGCUGGGAAAAGGAAGGCUGGGCAGAGGUAGGUGGAUUGAGAAUAGUUAUGCCCAAAGUGUGCUGAUGUAGUAGGAGGCUUCAGUGGUGACUUCAGGCUUGGCCCUAGACCCACACCAAGUGAAUUGGUUGAAGACUUGAAAGGGAAGCCAGCCGACUCUUUGUAGUGACCUAGAGGUGAGAGGAAUGACAAUGACAAAUGUAUAGUACGGUAAAGCCAAGAUUCCAAGCGAUGGCAGCCAGGCAGAAGGAUGGACCAAGUCUAGCAGGAUGAAUGAGACUGAUUAUGAAUGUUGAGGCCUGUGCUGUAGUUAAGAAAAUUAGCUGAGAGGUUCAACCCAGCAACUCAGGCCCUGGAGCUUCCCACUGGCUCUCUGGUGUUGGCUGUCAAAUUGCUCUGUGCCCACUAAGCAGGUCCAAGGAGGGAAGGGGGUUGCCUGACCCUGGGCUCCCUGGUUGGACUCCCUGGGUUCUAAUCCUAGCUUUGUCACUUCCUAGCUGUGUGACCUUGGACAGGUUGCUUAACAUUUCUGUGCCUUAGUUUCCUCCUUGUUAAAACGUUCAUAAUAAGAAUAAUGCUUUUCUCACAGUGUUGUGAGGCUAAAAUGAGAACCUGAGUGUAAAGUGCUUAGUGAUAUAUUUAGCACAUGGUGUUCAACAAAUAUUAGCUGCUGUUGUUAUUGUUGGUAAUAGUAAUAUGCCCAUUUCUGGGUGGGGACAUUGGCCAAGGCAGAGUUUAUGCCAUCAGGAAGCCACCAGGGCUGCAGAGGGUCUGUCAUUCAUGUCCUGUUGCAAGGAGUUCAGAUAAGGAAAGACUCAGUUGAUAGGAGGGAGGAGAAGGAGGUUUCAGGUGGGUUCAUGCGGGGCUGGGGGCUCCUGUGUCAGUCGUGACUCAGCAUAGGAGGGAACCCUUGGAGUUUGGGUCUGCCCCCAAGUGGAGGGGACAGCUCCUUAGCCGCAGUGUUCUCCCUGCCUCCUUCCAGGUGACUGGCUGACCCUCCUCCUAAACCCUUCCUGAUGCAGGCACGUCUGAGUCCCCCUCUCCCGCAUUCCACAGAUACUUAACUGAGCACCUAUUAGUACUGAGCUCUGGUUUGGAGUCUGAACUCUGCAGCCAUUGAGACAGACACGUAAACAAACGCACAGCAUUAGUCCUAUGGCGAUGGUAAAAAUAGGUUCAUGUGGCGGGGUGCGAGUGGAGGUGAAAUGGGAAUGGAAACCUGAUUGAUGAGAAGGCGCUAGCCACACAGGUAUCGCAGGCAGUGACUGUCCUGGCAGAAGGAACAGCCAAUGCAGAGGCUCUGCAUGGGGCAAGAGAGCACAGGGCUGGAGCACAGCAGGGAAGGGGAGCUGGAGAGCAGGGGCUGGGGGCUGAAGUCUGGCCUGAGGCGCCCACUUCCUUUGGGGGGGAAUCACUUUCUCCUCCUCCAAGCCCACUCAGCCCCUGGUUUGUCCUCGGCACAGGGCUGACUGGAACCAAUGUUGAUUCGUUCCUGCAUCGUAACCUCCUGGGGCCCCGGGACCUUGAUCUGCUGCUUCUUGGAUCUCCCACUGUUUGAGGCUCACUGGCUCACAGUAGGCCCUCAAUCUCAUCGGCCUGAAGGGCAUCCUGAUAACCAGGGAAGAUCACGCCUUGUCUGGUCCUGCCCUCACCUUGGGGCCCAGGCAAGAGAGGAGAGGGCUGAGUAAGGGCCCUUUUGUGCACAUCAGGGAGCUGAAAGCUGGAUUGAGGUACCCCCCUCCCCCCAGGAGCGGGGUGUGAGGCUGAGGAGCUGUGUCUCCAGGGCCCUGAGGUGCCCCAGACACUGUCGGCAGCUCCUGGCCACACCCCACGUUCCCAAGUGCUGUUUGCUUGCGGUGUGGGCCCCCAGCCUCUGAUGCGCAGCUCACGGAGGUCCUUGGGCUGCCUUGUCCCCCCUCAUGGCCCGGGUCCUGCUUCUGUUCCCACUCCUGUGUUUUCUGGCUGUGCUGUCUCCAGGGAAUGGUCCCGCUAGCUGGUUUCUCCUCUCUCGCGUGGACUCUCCCUCUGCAGGCCUCCACUGUGGACAGAGGCCAGCCCCAGCCCCUCCCUGGUGUCGGCGCCUUCUGCCAGGCCCCGAAGGCCCGAGGGAUGGUCGAGUGUUGUUCGAGGACUGUUGGUCCAUCCAGAGGGAGAUGCCCUGUAUCCAAGCCCAGUAUGGGACACCAGCAUCGAGCCCAGGACCCUGUGACCCCCUGACCCCCGAGCUCAGCAAGCCCACCAUGGACCUGGCCAGCCCUGAGGCGGCCCCCGCUGUCCCCACGGCCUUGCCCAGCUUCAGCACCUUCAUGGACGGCUACACGGGGGAGUUUGACACCUUCCUGUACCAGCUGCCGGGAACAGCCCAGCCGUGCUCCUCGGCCUCCUCCUCGGCCUCCUCCACGUCUUCAUCGUCAGCCACCUCCCCUGCCUCCGCUUCAUUCAAGUUCGAGGACUUCCAGGUGUUCGGCUGCUACCCCGGCACCCUGAGCGGCCCUCUCGACGAGACCCUGUCCUCCAGCGGCUCCGACUACUAUGGCAGCCCCUGCUCAGCCCCGUCACCGUCCACGCCCAGCUUCCAGCCGCCACAGCUCUCUCCCUGGGAUGGCUCCUUCGGCCCCUUCUCGCCCAGCCAGACUUACGAAGGCAUGCGGGCAUGGACAGAGCAGCUGCCCAAGGCUUCUGGGCACCCCCAGCCGCUGACCUUCUUUUCCUUCAGCCCUCCCCCCGGCCCCAGUCCCAGCCUGGCCCAGAGCCCCCUGAGGCUGUUCCCCUCGCAGGCUGCCCACCAGCUGGGGGAGGGAGAGAGCUAUUGCAUGCCGACAGCGUUCCCAGGCCUGGUGCCCGCGUCUUCACACCUUGACGGCUUGGGGAUGGUGGAUGCGCCCGUGACCCCAGCCAAGGCCCGGAGUGGGGCUCCGGGUGCAAGCGAGGGCCGCUGUGCUGUGUGUGGGGACAACGCCUCUUGCCAGCAUUACGGUGUCCGCACCUGCGAGGGCUGCAAGGGCUUCUUCAAGCGCACAGUGCAGAAAAAUGCCAAGUACAUCUGCCUGGCUAACAAGGACUGCCCUGUGGACAAGAGACGGCGAAACCGCUGCCAGUUCUGUCGCUUCCAGAAGUGCCUGGCUGUGGGCAUGGUGAAGGAAGUUGUCCGGACAGACAGCCUGAAGGGGCGGCGGGGUCGGCUUCCUUCCAAGCCCAAGCAACCCCCGGAUGCCUCCCCUGCGAAUCUGCUCACCUCCCUGGUCCGGGCGCACCUGGACUCGGGGCCCAGCACUUCCAAACUGGACUACUCCAAGUUCCAGGAGCUGGUGCUGCCCCACUUCGGGAAGGAGGAUGCCGGGGACGUGCAGCAGUUCUACGACCUGCUUUCGGGUUCCCUGGAGGUUAUCCGCAAGUGGGCUGAGAAGAUCCCCGGCUUUGCCGAGCUGUCCCCCGGGGACCAGGACCUGCUGCUGGAGUCGGCCUUCCUGGAGCUCUUCAUCCUCCGCCUGGCCUACCGGUCUAAGCCGGCUGAGGGGAAGCUCAUCUUCUGCUCGGGCCUGGUGUUGCACCGGCUGCAAUGUGCCCGCGGCUUCGGGGACUGGAUCGACAGCAUCCUGGCCUUCUCUCGCUCCCUGCACAGCUUGGUCGUCGACGUCCCUGCUUUUGCCUGCCUCUCUGCGCUCGUCCUUAUCACAGGCAAGUCAUUUAACCUCUCUGGGCCUCACUGUGUCACUUGGAAGAUGAGGAUAAUGAACGUUGCUGCCUUGCUAGGCUUCUGCUGGGGCUCAGAAGCGGGCUCCUGUGCCUUUGCACAGUGCAGAGGGCUGUGGGGCCUGGUCACUGGCGGCCGUUCCAGAGACCUGGGAGAGGCCGGGGAGAGGGGCGUCUGCUCCUCAGCCGUGCAGCUAAUCCUGCACCUUCCCCGCAGACCGGCACGGGCUGCAGGAGCCUUGCAGGGUAGAGGAGCUGCAGAACCGCAUCGCCAGCUGCCUGAAGGAGCACGUCUCGGCCGAGGCAGGCGAGCCUCAGCCCGCCAGCUGCCUGUCCCGCCUGCUGGGCAAGCUGCCCGAGCUGCGGACCCUGUGCACCCAGGGCCUGCAGCGCAUCUUCUACCUCAAGCUGGAGGACUUGGUGCCCCCUCCGCCCAUCGUCGAGAAGAUCUUUAUGGACACGCUGCCCUUCUGACCCCAGCCCGGGAACACGCGUGCACUCCGUGUGCACGCUCACACGCCACCCCACGUGCCUUUAGCCCACGGCCCACGGACCCCUGGAGCACCACCCCUCAGCCUGGGCCUGAGCUGCAGACUGGCCGCCCCUCCCCGCCACCUGCUCUGGGAGGUCGGCAGGGAGUUCAUGCCCUGGGGGAGGGGGAUGCGUUCACAGGGGUGACCCUUACUAUUUGUCUUACCCCCCAGCCCAGCCCUGGUCUUUAUGUUUUUGUAAGAUAAAACCGUUUUUAACACACAUACCGCCAUGCUGUAAAUAAGCCAAAUGCUGCUGUAAAUACAGGAAGGAAGAGGUUGAGGUGGGAGUGGGGUUUGGGAGGGAGGGACGGGCCCCCGCCAGCCUCCUCCUACUUGCUCUCUUCCCGCCCUCCUUCCAUGUGUACAUAGACUCACUCUAGGAGGCAGACAAGUGACAGAUUCUGACAUUUAUAUUUGUGUAUUUUCCUGGAUUUAUAGUACGUGUCUUUUCUGAUUAAUAUAUUUAAUAUAUUGAAUAAAAAAUAGACGUGUAGCUGAA